AUGCAGGUUGUUGUUCAUGAUGAAGCUGAUGGUGAUGAUGUUGAGAAUAAAGAUGAAGAUGAUGUUCACAACGUCGAUGAGCAUGCUGAUAACAAUGAUGAUGAGUUUGAUGAUGAUGAUGAUGGUUUUGAUCAUGAUGAUCAUUAUAAUUAUGAUGUGCAAAAUUCCAUGCACUUCAAUGAUGAUGAAGAGGCUUCACUUCAAAGGAUGAUGAAUGAGGAUAGAGAAAGCCAGGAAAUGAUGUUUGAAGUUUCUGCAUCAGGGAACCAUGCUCUUGUCAGAGGAGUAACACAGUAUGACAACAUUUUUGCUGAUGAAGAAGAACAAAACAAUGAACCUGAAGAGGAAAUGGCUGAUAAAUUGGAUGGAGCAUACAAAGAAUUAGAAGGCUAUUACAAUAAAAUGAGCACGUUGUUAAAACAGUCAAAGACUGAAUACCCAAACAGCCUCCUGGUACACAUUAAAUACUCACAAUGUAUGACAUUGUUGGAGAACAUCUCAAAAUUUGUUGAUGAAAACGCCAAAGAAGUGCCAGCUGAAAGAGAAGAAGGUACACAUGAAACUGAGGUGGUACUAGGAGGUGAAAAUGAAGAAGAAGGGGAAAAGGAGAUGGUUGAAAUAGAAAACGCCAUUGAAGUGCAAACAGUUCAUGAAAACGCCAAAGAAUUUGAAAAUGAAGAAGAAGGGGAAGGAGGAGGUGAAAAUGAAGAAGAAAGGGAGAACGAGAUGGCUAGAAUUGAAAACGCCAUUGAAGUGGAAACAGUUGAUGAAAACGCCAUUGAAGUGGAAAGAGUUCAUGAAAACGCCAUUGAAGUUGAAAAUGAAGGAAAAGGAGAAGGAAAAGGAAAAGAUGAAGGAGAAGGAAAAGGAGAAGAGAAAGGGGAGUCGGAAGGGAAUGGUGAAGGGGAUGGAGAAGGAGAAGGAGAAGAAGAAGGGGAAGGAGAAGGGGAUACAAGAGUAGAAAAAGAAAGGGAUAUGGCCAGAGAACAAUACGCCGAACCCUCGACUGCUACAACAGCCCCCAUAUAUGAUGAUGAUGAGGAUACUAUAUCAUCAGAUGAAGAUAUAAACGAAAACGAUAUCGAGAGAUGGAGUUGUGAUUUCAAGACACUUGAAUAUCACAUUUCGAGAUACAAUGGGGAAAAAUAA